AUGUCCAGUGAAAUAAAAAGUUUAUUGCUUUGGAAUUAUUUGGCAGUUUCCUUUUUUUUGUGGUACUCAGAUGCGAAGCCUGAAUUAGGUGCCGCUCAUCUUCUUUUAAUUGCUCCUCUAGCUCAAAUAUUUAUAUCAUUAAUGAUUUUCAUAUCAUCAUUAUCACUAAUAAUAACAUCACUUUUGACUAAUUUCUGGUAUGAAAGUUAUCCGAUUUAUAAGAAUAGCGAUGAUGAUAAACAAAAGAACAAUUUCGUACAUUGCGGUUUAUUCAAUGGAGUCCGUCAAUUAGAUUGGGGCCUUGGACCGCGUUAUGUUCCAUUUUCAGGCAUUGGUCCAUUGUUGAAAGUACCAUGGAUUUUAACAAUAUUUUUCAUUGUUGUUGGUAUAUUAUGGAAUAUUGUUGGAAUAAUUGUUGCAUUAAUGAAUACCGCAAUGAAAGAUCGAAAUACAGUGAUUGCUAUUUCAUAUAUGUUGGCAACAAUUUUAUUUUUAUUACAAUAUUUCUUUUCUAUUCAAUAUAAUGUUUUAUUAAAAGAGCAAAUUGAUAACGGAUUUUCCUCGUCUAAACGAACAAGGCUAAGUUUUUCAUUUUAUUUAAAUAUAUUUGCAAUAAUUUUAUUACUUUUAUCAACUAUUUUAUCAUUUAUUACAAAAAAUAGUGGAAAUGAUAGAAAAAAAUGCGAAACAACUGUCACAAAAACGGAUUUCACUCUCUAUUAA